GGCGGCGAGCAGGCCCGGGGGCCGGGAAGCUGCGGGCGGCGGCGCUGGGCCCGGCGCGGCGAGAGAGGCCCUGAGAUGCCGAGCAAGAAGAAGAAGUAUAACGCGCGGUUCCCACCGGCGCGGAUCAAGAAGAUCAUGCAAACUGACGAAGAGAUUGGGAAGGUGGCGGCGGCUGUGCCUGUCAUCAUCUCUCGGGCGCUUGAGCUCUUCCUGGAGUCGCUGUUGAAGAAGGCCUGCCAGGUGACCCAGUCCCGAAACGCCAAGACCAUGACUACAUCCCACCUGAAGCAGUGCAUAGAGCUGGAACAGCAGUUUGAUUUCUUGAAGGACUUGGUGGCUUCUGUGCCUGACAUGCAGGGAGACGGGGAAGACAACCACAUGGAUGGGGACAAGGGUACCCGCAGGGGCCGGAAGCCAGGCAGCAGUGGCCGGAAGAAUGGCGGGCUGGGAAGCAAAGGCAAAGACCAGAAGCUGUCUGGGACGGACUCGGAGCAGGAGGAUGAGUCUGAUGACACAGACACUGAAGGGGAAGAGGAGAUGUCACAGGCUCCACCCCAGCCCAGCCACGCCCCUGCCCACUUUCAGAGCCCCCCGACACCCUUCAUGCCCUUCACCUCAAGUCUGCCUCUGCCCCCGGCACCCCCAGGCCCCUCAGCACCUGAUGCAGAGGAUGAAGAAGACUAUGACUCCUAGCGCCCUCUGCCCCCCAGGCCACACCCCCUUUUAGUUGGUUUUAGUUGCUCUGGGGGGAGGAGAGAAGAUAGAGCUGUUCUUAAAUUUAUUAAACAAUUAAUAACAAAAGGGAACACCAGUGUCUGUCCCAGCCUAUGUCCAGGGCAUUGUGGCCACCUUCCCAUCCACCCACCUGCUUUCCCCAUGUUGAGCUGAGGCCAGAAACGGUGGUGGGCAGGGUAGCAGCUGAGUGAAGGGAGGGGCCAGAGACCACGGUUCUGCCAGGGUAGAGCAGGGGUGCUGAUAGGAGGAAGGCAGGCAGAGUGGUGGUGUAGGGCCGGAAGUGCUGCCUAUGCUGGGGGCUGACCUGUUUCAUUGUGCUGUGUGACCCUGGAAAGGUGCCUGUCCUUCUCUGAGUGGCCUCUUCAUGUCUCUCUGGUGGAGACUAGUCUACCCUCUCUGGGGGCAGAGGGAGCAGGGGUAGGUGGGACUGUCGGGCUUCGAAGAUCGGCUUUUGAGCAGGACGGUGACACACUGGGCAGUCCGCCCCCAUUUCUGAGCAGACCCUGGAAUUGCGGGGUCCACGAGGUGGACGGCUGCCUUCAGGGAGGAAGUGCUCGGGAAGGCUGAGCGGGAGACACGAAGACGGUGGGCAGACUUGAGGUGCGUGCGUCGGUAGGCUCGGGGGUGCUGAGAACUGACUGGAAGUGGGGCUGAAAGGAAGGGCGCUUUUAAGGAUUCCCAGAUUUCUUUCUGCGGUGACUUGGGCAGGGGCCCCCCCUCCAGCUGGAGGACAGAGAAAGAGAAAGAGCAAGAUUCGGCGUCAGGCUGUGAUGAGUUUGGGGUGCCUGGGAAGCUGCCGAGGAGAAGGCCCUGGAACGUCAGGGCCUGGAGCCAGAUGUGUGAGCUCAGAGAGUGGGUGACCUUGCCUCAGGGAGGGAGGGUAGGGCCUGGACAGGCCUCUAAAGGAGACUGAAGAGCAGCCACCCCCAGGGCCCCCAGGAGCCAUGGUGGGAGGGGUGGGGGUGCCCACGCAAGUGGGUCUGGGAGGAAGGAGGCUCAUCGGUCACAGCACCUUGCAGGCUUUCGGGAAGGCUUGCUGGUCGUUGCCAGGCCGGGAGCUGGAGGAGCUGAGGGGAGAAGCGAUGCUCGGGGCUGAGAAAUGGAGAUGAGGUUGUGGCUCGGAUGAGGACACAGAACGGUUUUGAGUUUUAUUUUUUUCUAAGGUCGCAGAAAUGUCCCUUGUAGUGAGAAAGGGGGCCGGGGAUGGGAGGGGGCAGAUGCGGUGAGGUCAGGUCGCCUGAGGCCUACUCCGGCCUGACCAGGGGGAGGCGGAGGGCGACGAGUGCGUUUGGCAGGGGCACUGAGGUACUCAGUUUUUAUCCGACAGGGUCUGGCUUCUCUGGGGAAGAGGAGGCGUGGAUGGGCUUGGGGCUCAGGGAGCCUAGGAGCACCUGGUCUUGUCUGCUUCUCCUCCCCUCCUCCUCUGGUUAUAGCAUCCCUGCUACCUUUUGGGGACCACGUCUCUUCUACUCAACCUGUAGUACGUGCAGCGACCCCACUCCCUGAUGUCAAGGGGUGGGGACCUCACACCACACACUCUGGCCACAGUGAGUGCUACGGGCCAAUCAACACACCUGAGCCCUUGGGACUUCAGGUGGGACCGUGGGGGAAGGGUAUUCACAAGAUCGCUAGCUUUCCCGUGGCACGGAGGCCCCAAGGAACCCACUUGGGAGCCCUGGAGAGGAUGACGGUGGUCACACUGGGGUGGCAAAGCUAGCAGAAUGUAGGCUGGGUGCUGCCAGAAGCCAGUUCCCGCCCCGAGGAGCGAUCUUGGCUGAGAACCAAGUCAGCACAGCAGAUCCACGAGGCUCGGAGAUACUGAUUUCUGAUGACACCUGGAACCAGUUUUGCCUGAACCCUGUAAACCUUGGACUUCUUAGUCACAUGAGCCAAUAAACAUUUUCCUUCUCGAA